CUCGGUCAAAUGCAUUUUUCUAACUCUUUAUUGUGCACUACUCACUCACCCGGCCAUCCUCUAAAAUUCAAAUCCCUGGAGCUUUUAUUCUCUUUGUUCUGUUUUCUUCUUAGAUUAAGGCCUUUUCACCCGCCUCCAUUCUCCUAAAAGCUCCAGCACCGGAGUCUUUUAGUUUUACAGACACAAUCUGCCAUUGAAGUUGAUUUGCAGAGGAGAAACCACUCAUUGGCUGGGAAAGUUUACCAAAUGAGAAGAAAUCUAAGAAGCACGGCAGCAAAAAAGACCGAGUUUGAGGAUGUGCCCAUUGAGCCUCUUUCUGGAAAACCUUUUUUUGAUCAUGUCAUCUCAGAAAAUAAACCCUUAUCUCAAAUGGUCUUUCCACCCAGACUGUACUCUGAUCUCCCUAAUGGAACUGUUGAAGCAGUGAUCAUGCAUGGGAAAAACACUUGGGAAACCACUCUGUACGGAAGCAAGACCAAGAAAAGCCUGGACACUCAAACAUGGAGACGCUUUUUGGACGACAAUAAUCUGGGACCCGGAGAUGCGUUGAUUCUUGAGGUGAUGGAGAGCAGCCAGGUUUUCGUAAAGUUUAAAGCUCAGAUACUGAGAGGCGACUUCCCAGUGGAACUCGACGCACAGAUUGAUGGGGGUACACCAGAUAAUGCAAUCACAAUUGAUUAGUGUGUUCAGUCAUCUAGGAGGUAAUUUUGGGUUUCACAUUGCCACCUUCCAUCCUCUCUUCUUUUUGUUGCUUGUUGAGAGAUAUCAACUGAAAAGUCAUUCCAUUGAAAAUGAAAAAAGUCAUUCUAUUAAUUAUCAACUGAAAAGUCAUUCCAUUGAAUAUGAAAAAAGUCAUUCUAUUAAUGAAUGGAAUGAUUUGAU